GUGCCUUCCCUCAGACUUGGAUCUAGUCAGACCCAACCCACCCAAGUUCGGCUGCUGGUGCGCACGCCGCACAUAAUAUCUUUAUGCUAUAUUUUCCCCUUAACGGUAACGACACCGAAGUCAGUCAAAAAUAAGAUGCCUUUGCCUGUGCAAGUGUUUAACUUUCAGGGGUCUGUGGAGCCUAUGCAGAUUGAUGCAGACCCCCAGGAGGACCAGCAGAAUGCGCCAGAUACCAACUACAUAGUGGAGAACCCGACACUGGACCUGGAGCAGUAUGCAACCAGCUACAGUGGAUUAAUGCGCAUUGAGAGGCUUCAGUUCAUUGCUGAGCAUUGCCCUCAGCUCCGAGUGGAGGCCCUGAAGAUGGCCCUCACCUUUGUCCAGAGAACCUUCAAUGUCGACACUUAUGAAGAGAUCCACCGCAAACUCACUGAGGCCACACGGGAAGUACAAGGUGUGCCGGACACAGUACCUGAAGGUGGGGUUGUUCCUCCUCCCUUGGACUCAGCGUGGGCCGAGUCCACCAGGAAAAAGGCUCUGCUCAAACUGGAGAAACUGGAUACUGAUCUCAAGAACUACAAGGGAAACUCCAUCAAAGAAAGCAUCAGGAGAGGCCAUGAUGACUUGGGGGACCAUUACCUGGACUGUGGUGACCUUAGUAACGCCCUCAAGUGCUACUCCCGAGCCAGAGAUUACUGCACCAGUGCUAAGCAUGUCAUUAACAUGUGUCUGAAUGUCAUCAAGGUUAGUGUUUACCUCCAGAACUGGUCCCAUGUACUGAGCUACGUCAACAAGGCAGAAUCCACACCAGAGAUAGCAGAGCAAAGAGGAGAGCGAGAUAGCCAAAAUCAAGCAGUCCUCACCAAGUUAAAGUGUGCUGCAGGCCUUGCAGAGUUGGCCUCUCGAAAAUACAAACCAGCUGCCAAGUGCUUCCUGCAGGCUUCUUUUGACCACUGUGACUGUCCAGAGCUUCUGUCACCUAGUAAUGUAGCUGUGUAUGGAGGCUUGUGUGCUUUGGCCACAUUUGACAGACAGGAGCUCCAGCGUAACGUCAUCUCAAGCAGCUCCUUCAAGUUAUUUCUAGAGUUGGAACCUCAGAUUCGUGACAUCAUCUUCAAGUUCUACGAGUCCAAGUACGCGUCCUGUCUCAAGCUGCUGGAUGAAAUGAAGGAUAACCUCCUUCUGGACAUGUACCUGGCCCCGCACGUCAAGACACUGUACAGCCAGAUCAGGAACAGAGCCCUCAUUCAGUAUUUCAGCCCCUAUGUGUCAGCAGACAUGACUAAGAUGGCUCAAGCCUUCAACACCACAGUAGCAGCUCUGGAAGACGAGCUCACUCAGCUCAUACUGGAGGGGCUCAUCAACGCACGGAUCGACUCUCAUAGCAAGAUCCUCUAUGCGAGGGAUGUGGACCAGAGGAGCACCACAUUUGAGAAGUCGCUCCAUAUGGGCAAAGAGUUCCAGAGACGAGCCAAAGCCAUGAUCCUCCGAGCAGCUGUGCUGCGCAACCAGAUCCAUGUCAAGUCUCCACCCAGAGAAGGCAGCCAAGGUGAACUGACACCAGCCAACAGCCAGACCAGGAUGAGCACCAACAUGUGAGGAGGAAGCCCUCCUUGUGGUCUGCACACUGACUCUGCUGACGUACUGGAGGGGAGGAACCACCCAUGCAUCGACACCAACCCCAACCACCCCACCCUCUGUUUCUCAGCUAAAGACGAAAACAACACCAUGUAAAGACUCUAAUGUUCUCAAAUGAUCUCUCUUCUCCCUGUAAGACGAGAUGGGGAGUAAAAGCUUUUGUUGGUCUGAUGUGGAGAUUUGGACAAGAUGAAAAUGUUCUUUUGAUGAAAGUGCAGCACUUACGCUCUAAGUUACUGGUAGGAGAUGCACUUUGUUCUGCUUACACGUGAUGGAGGCCUCAUUAACAGAUACAAGGUUUUAAAAUAAAAACACCUACCAAAACAUA